CCAGCUGUCUUUGAGUUGAAAAAAAAAAUCGAAAUAUUGUAACCGGAAGUUCAACUCGCUUUGCGUUAGUUUGACGCGUUCCUAUUUCCGCCGGCGUCUGAAGAGCGACUGGAAAAUUUUCACUGGGGUGAACAGACCAUGGCGAAGUUCCUGGCCCCGGUGAUUCAGGACAACCCCUCAGGAUGGGGUCCCUGCGCUGUUCCUGAGAAGUUUAAGGACAUGCCGUACCAGCCCUUCAGCAAAGGAGACCGUCUGGGCAAGGUGGCAGACUGGACUGGAGCGACCUACCAGGAUAAAAGAUACACAAAUAAGUACUCGUCCCAGUUCGGAGGAGGAAGUCAGUACGCUUAUUUCCAUGAGGAGGAUGAAGCUAGCUUCCAGCUGGUGGACACGGCCAAAACCCAGAAAUCGGCCUACCAGAGGAACCGCAUGCGCUUCGCCCAGAGGAACCUGCGUCGGGAUAAGGACCGCAGGAAUCUCACGCAGUUCAACCUGCAGACUCUCCCUAAGAGUGCCAAACAGAAGGAGAGAGACCGCAUGCGCCUGCAGAAGAAGUUCCAGAAGCAGUUUGGAGUUCGUCAGAAGUGGGACCAGAAGUCACAGGCACAGCUAAAGCCCAGGGAUUCGUCAGUGGAGGUGCGCAGUGACUGGGAGGUAAAGGAAGAGAUGGACUUUCCUCGCCUCAUGAAGAUGAGAUACAUGGAGGUGGCUGAUCCUGUAGACAUUGAGUGCUGUGGUGCCCUGGAGUACUACGAUAAAGCAUUCGAUCGCAUCACCACCCGCAAUGAGAAACCUCUAAAGAGCAUUAAAAGGAUCUUCCACACCGUCACCACCACCGAUGACCCUGUCAUCCGUAAGCUGGCUAAGACUCAGGGGAAUGUCUUUGCCACUGAUGCCAUCCUGGCCACGCUGAUGUGCUGCACACGCUCAGUGAACUCCUGGGACAUCAUCGUGCAGCGUGUCGGAAACAAGCUCUUCUUCGACAAGAGAGACAACUCCGACUUUGAUCUGCUCACGGUCAGCGAAACAGCAAACGAACCCCCUCAGGAGGAAGGAAACUCCCUGAACUCCCCUCGAAACCUGGCCAUGGAGGCCACUUACAUCAACCACAAUUUCAGCCAGCAGUGCCUGCGCAUGGGAGGAGAGAGGCACAAGUUCCCGAACUCAAACCCGUUCAUAGAGGAGGAUAUGGAUAAGAGUGAGGUGGCAUCUGUAGCAUACAGGUACCGGAGGUGGAAACUUGGGGAGGAUAUUGAUCUGAUUGUGCGCUGUGAGCAUGAUGGUGUGAUGACCGGAGCAAACGGAGAGCUCUCCUUCAUCAACAUCAAAGCUCUCAAUGAGUGGGACUCGCGGUAUUGUAACGGAGUGGACUGGCGUCAGAAGCUGGACUCUCAGAGAGGAGCCGUGUUAGCCACAGAGCUGAAGAACAACAGCUACAAACUGGCACGCUGGACCUGCUGUGCCCUGCUGGCCGGCUCAGAGUACCUCAAACUGGGUUACGUGUCCCGCUACCAUGUAAAGGACUCUGCGCGUCAUGUGAUCCUGGGCACGCAGCAGUUCAAGCCCAAUGAGUUUGCAAGCCAGAUCAACCUGAGCAUGGAGAAUGCAUGGGGCAUCCUGCGCUGCGUCAUCGACAUCUGCCGCAAACUGGAUGAGGGCAAGUACCUCAUCCUCAAAGACCCCAACAAGCAAGUGAUCCGCAUCUACAGCCUCCCCGACGGAACCUUCAGCACCGACGAAGACGAGGAUGAGGAAGAGGAGGAUGAAGAUGAGGAUGAUGAAGAUGAGGAGAACUGAAGAGUUGGAUGAAAUUGGAGGAAUGAGACCAAACAAGUCGGCACCGUCUCGGCUGUAUCUGUUUUAAUAAUGCAGAUAAAGAUUAAUUAAACCAGGCUUAUUAAAAGAUUGAGCAAUA